UCUUGUUGGAGUUAAGGAUCAGCUUGCUUUGAAGACAGAAUCCAUAAAUAUUGCGCGCGCUGUCGGGCAUUCAUUGAGCCCAUCUCCCUUCCGUGUCUCUCCGCGCAGAUCAACAUGGGCGGCAGCUGCAGUCGGCGCCGGCCGCGAGAGAGACUCGACGACCCUGCCGACCACCCCGACCCCGAGGGCGGGGGCGGCGGCGGGGGCGGCGCACAAGAGGCCGCCGCCCGGGAGGCCGCCGCCCGGGAGGCCGCCGCCCGGGAGGCCGACCUUCAGCAGGCCUGGGAGCGUCAGCAGAAGGCCGCGCUGGACCGGCUCCGGAAGGAGUUCAAAUACAGACCGGAGCUGUUCAUCAUGAGCCAGAUGAUGAUGGCCGUUCACUUCUUCAAAAACUUCGAAAGGGAUAAGCUUCGAGCGUAUGCAUUGAAGGAGGAAAAGGAGCAGGAGUUGAACCGGAUCUUGCGCAAAGAUCGCAAAUCUGCGAUAUACCUUGGAUCGCCUUACGAGCUCAUGGGUGACGUGAUGCACUACGAGCGACGGGCGGGCGCCGGCCGCGCCCUGGGCCACGACCUCGAGUACCUGAUCUUGCACGACAACGUGUCCGUCAGGCCAAAUAAUGAGCCAGAGGACGAGAGUGACAGCGCCGACUACAAGCUCGUCAUGAUCCCCAGCAGAAAUCCAGGGUUCACGCAGCUGCAGCUGAGCGGCGAGUCGCUGCCCGACGUCCCGUGUCGUCCCCGUCUCUCAGUCGCCGGAGGUGGUGACGGCUCCCGGAGCGGCCGCUCAGCGUCCGUCUCCAGCCGAGACCGGCCGACAGCAGCCUCCUCCGCCAGUCGGAGAGCCUCGCUGAGACGCACCAGGUCGGAGAGCGUGCUGAGUGACUCAGGCUCUGACAGACAGAGGGGGACGGCUAGAGGCAGGCGCAGCAGCACCGUACCUGAGGAGGCAUCGGAGGAGACCGGAGAGCCCGCGCCGCGCGCAGAGGUGGGCGUCUCAGCAGAGCUGGCCCUCCCUCCAGCCGACCUGGCAGGGGAUCGAGAGGCUACUCCGAACGACGACCCAGCGAAGGCCUCACAAACCCGUGGGGACGACUCAGCCCAAACUAGCCUCUCCGAUCGGGGCGCGGCUGAUGGGAUGAGCAGCUCUGCCGAGGAAGAAAGAUCGCAGGAACGCGGCGAGACUCCGUCGUCCACCCAGGAUACGGGCGAUCUCCGAGUAAAGGACGAUGACCACGCCUCCGACCAGCGUGUACCACCGUCUUCAAAACCAUCCUCGAACAGACAGCGAAAACGAGGGGUCAUAGUCAAUUCUGAGGAAGCCGACAACACUGGACCGAAUCCAUCACCGGAAGCGUCUCUUUCAAAGAACCCAGGGACCGGUCACAGCACGGCAACAGAACCUGACAGGAAGGCGGCCGAAACGGUCCCCAGUCAGAGUGGCCAAGGCGGCGGCAAUCACCCAGCGGUACCGACCCUGGGCGGCUGGAUGCCUGGUUUUCCACCGAUGAUGACUUACCCGCAGUAUCCUACUCCACAGCUACCACCGGGCUCACUCCACAGUUCACAGUAUCCUGUGAACGCGUACCCCUACCCGGGUCAGUUCCCACAGUACGCUCCAGCUGCGGACGGUGCCCAGCCUCAGUAUCCCGGCAUUAUCCCCGGGUAUCCGUAUGCGCUGUAUCCCGCAUUCCCACCCCACCUUGGCGUUUAUCCGUACGCUGGCGCUCCCGUCACGGAGGCGUCUGCGGGCCACCAGAUGCCAGGAGUCCCGACGGGGAUGGUGCCAGGCCACUUUGGAUACUACCCACACACUGGAGUGCAAAGUCCGGCUAAUGCCAGCGACAGGGCGUCGGAGGAUGAAAAAACCAACAUUGGCGCAUCCUCAGAGGAUGAUAGAGCAACCGUCGGCGUAUUCAAAAAAGCACCUCAGUCGGCCGCGACCCAGGCCGCCACGAGGCAGAGGAAAACGUCCAAAGUCCAGCAGUCUGAGGCGGGUCUGAUCCGGCGAAAGUCUGGGACUCAGGAUCCGGAACCCGAUCCGCACAGAAAGAGGAGUCUGAGUGAGCUAAUUCGUUCGUCGGAUCAGGCCUCCUCGGUCUGCAGCGAGGACAGCCACGGCUCGUUUGUCAUGCUGCCCGACUCAACGACAGACGAGGAGUCCGAAGCGCCGGGCCACCUACCCAAAUACUGCUUCCGCAAGUUUGAGAUUAUCAUAAAAAACGACGACGACGACGAUGAGGAUCACUGGACGCCAUCGCGAAAGGAGAUCCACCGCUAUCUUUCCUCGGAGCUUUUCGUCAACCACUUUACUGACCACUUCGGUGAGCUGGCGAAGCUGAUGGCCCGUGAUGUGUGGCUGAAGCAGGCCGACACCAACUUCCUGCGCGGUCCGACUGUGUUCUGCCGGGAGCAGCUGGCCGACGGCCUGCGCACCACGGCGCUCAUCACUCCCACCCUGGUCUCCUCGAGCUGGCCGCGGGCGGCGCUCGAGUGGGGCUUCCGCGACCGUCCCAGACUGGUGGACAUGGAGCGACGCAUGCAGUACCAGUGGCCGCCCGAGCGAGUGGUCCGGGAGCUGUGUCAGGAGGGCGUCUGCAACCUGGUGCCGCAGGGCUGCUAUGUGCGCGAGGGCCUGCGCGCCGCGCGCCACUUCAGUCCGCGGAGGAUGGCCGUGGAGUGGGAGGUGUGCUUCCAGCAGGCGGACAUGCGGCUCAUCAGCUCCCUGGAGGCCGUCCACGUGCACUUCUGGGCGGUGGCCAAGCUGAUGUUCACACACUUCCUGUCAGAGUUUCGGUGUCUGCACGAGCGUCAUAUUCGGCACCUCAUCUUCUGGCAGUUUGAGCGCAACAUUCGCGACUGGUGGCCCCAGGCGCUCGGUGGAUCACUCGUCGAGCUGCUGCGGUCACUCGAGAAGAGCGUGCGAGAGCGCGAGCUGAAGCACUACUUUGUGCCGAGGCGCAACAUGCUCGAGUCAGAAACUUCCGAGGGCCUGCUGCUGGCGCAGGAGCGUCUCCGGCGCAUCCUGGAGAACCCGGUGCCCAACCUGCUGAUCGCGCUCAGCCGUCUGCGCGUGCGCGGCGACGCGUUCCCGGAGUUCGACUGGCAGCAGCUCUUCCACUACCUGACCGUCAGCGGCACCGAUCUGCUGAAGGAGGCGUCGCCGGCGCUCAGAGAGGUGCCAGGAGAGGAACCGUCCUCGGACGCUGAGGACAAGGACAAAGAUGACGAUCCCAUGUUCGUCCCCACCAAGGAGGAACUGCGAGAGCAGGACCGUCAGAGGCAGCUGAGGAGGCGCCAGGCGGCCGAGGCGGCGGCGGCCGAGCGACGGCGCCAGCAGCGGCGGCGGCGCCGGCCGCUGCCCGACUUCGCCGACCCCCACGUCAAGAUGCAGUGGCUGAACGGACCCGACUCGCGUCUGCGCGCGCUGCGCGUGCUGAACAUGUUUGUGCGUCACUUCUCGGCCAUGGCUGAGCGGCUGCUGGAGCACGAGGCCCUGGAGCCGGCGCUCAGUUACGCCGACCACACGCUCAACCUGUGCCAGCUGCUCGAGGAUCAGGCCGGCUCGGAGGAGGCCGACCAGGCCCGCCAGCGGCUGUGGGAGCUGCGCGCGCGCGCCGCCGCCCUGGUGCCGGCCACUGAGGAUGACCUCCCUGAGCAGCCCGAUACCGACCUGCUCGAGGUCGGAGCGGGCGGCAGCUCUGCGCGGGGGGACAACUGGACCCUGGGCCCGGCGGCCGGCCGCGGCGUCCGGAGGGACUAUAACCUGGAGGAGGCGGUGGCGGGAGGCGAGCAGUCGGCGGCGUCCCGACCCGCCCGCCAGGCAGCCGAGGUGGCCACCAGCGCCUGAUAGUGGCGCGGACGACCAGAGCCAACUCCGCAGUGGCAGGGAACUGAGAUUGAAAGUGAGAAACUGAGGGUAAACAUAGCGGUCCUUGUUUGCUAAAUGAGGCAAACGGUAUUAUGCUCGACCCAAGCUGUUACCAAACCUUUUAGCCUUUAGGUUGUAUAAAUUUAAUGUUAUUCGCUCAAGAACGUUUUUAACGUUUUGCAGUUAGUUAGGUCAGCAUCUUCUACUCGUGAUAUGGACAUAAGUGUUGUAUGUAUUUGCAGGACUAUACAGUGUUGUAUGUUUUCAAGAUGUCAAGAUGGUUACGUGCACAUUCAUUGCUUUUGCAUGUAUAGGUAUAUAUGUAUCCCUUAUUGAGUGUAUUGGCAUUUGAAGUGUUGCUUAGCAUCGUGAUAAAUGAUAGAUAAGUCUUCAAUGAUAAAAAUUUGAAAAAGUGCGUUCCAAGUAAAAAUCCGUGCCUGGUGCACAUCCCAUUUCAUUUUCAUAUUUGUGACGUUUUGUUCGCUUACUCUGAUUAGAUGUCUUAUAUAUGAAAACGACACAUCUAAGAAUGGCGCUCUAACCAAACCGCUUGACUUAUUGCUUUGAGUGACAAGCAAUGUUUAGGUGGCUUUAGAAUUAGGUACCUACAUAGAAAUACAUGAUUAUUGUAUGUA